ACGGAGCCGAGGACGCCAGCGCACGACUGAGACAAAUAAUCCAAUCAUUAGUCCAGUAACGGCGCUGAUGUCUUGGUUUCAGUCUCUGAGGGAUGACUUCACCCUGAGGCCGUUUGAGAUUCAGCAGACACACAGUGACGGUGCUGCCAUGGCAUCAGGAACUCCGGAUGUGAUGACCAAUCAGGAGCCUGCUGAGGUCCAGGAAGAGUGCUCAGGAAAGAAGAAGUCCAAGUUCCAAACGUUUAAAAAAUUCUUCGCCAGGAAGAAGAGAAAGGAUCCAUCAGCUGCAGGAGCGGACACGGGCCUUAAAGCCAGCCAGUCGAGUGACAAUGUCAGCAAAGCAUCAGAGACACUCACUCGAGCGGAGAAGGAUAAGGGCUCCGGGUCGAAGAUCAGUCUGGGAGGCAAGGCCUUGUCACAUGACUCCGUGUUUGUUUCUGACUCAUCGGAGGCCAACGAGGCACUGGGGGCAUCUCAGGACAGCAUUCAUGGGAAAGUGAAAUCACUGCAGCUUCAGCUGAAGCAGGCCAUCAAACUGGGCUCUCCUCCAUCUCUGAUGUGUGUGAAGAGGACAGAAGAUGCUGGGACCAUGUCCGAGGAUGAUGGCCUUCCCUGCAGCCCACCAGAAUACACAACACUUCACACAGCCUUGGCUCAGGGGAACAGCUCCAUCAGUCUGGAGGGAAUAGACAGUGAUGAGGACCAGCUGUCCUGUGCAGCCUCCAGCAGAGCAGUGAGCCCCCUGGUGGUUCCAGGGGACUUCAGUCAACCAGCCAGUCCUUUUGUCUGUCUGAAUAACUCUGCAGCCAAGCACAAGCUGGCCCUGAGACAAAAAGCCAAGAGGAGACCUGCCAGUCGGCCCGAGGGGAAAGCGGGGAGCGACUCUGUGGUGGAGGAGCUGCUGACAACCUCCAUACCAGAAGCAGAAACUGCACAGCAGCAAGACCUGCAGAAGGCAGAAGAUGCGACUGAUGAUCUGCUGAAACCAAAAGUUGAGAGUGAAGAAGAAGAGGAGGAGGAGGAGAGUGAGGAGGAAGAGCAACCACAACAUUCCGAAGAAUCCCUGCUGGGAGAGAAGGAAGAGUGGGAGGAGGGAGAGGACGAGUCAGAAGCAGAGCAGGAUGUUUCUCAGGGCCCGGACACUUCCUGUCCUCCUGAGCCGAGUCACUCAGAGGAAGAAGACUCAGACACCCAGCCCCUGCCCUCCUCCAAGCUCAGCUCGAGCACCUCCUCUCUGGAUAGUCCCAGGGCCACACCAGAGCCACCUGCUGGGCUGACAGACAUAAGCAUUGCCUCUGGUGCAGAGGAGAAUAAGGAUGUAAGUCACUCUGCAUCAGAAGGUGAAGAAGAUGGAGUCCAGGAACACAGGGAGGAGGAGAACUCCUUCUUACAGGAGGUGCUGAGCUCUUUGAAGGAGCCCCUCAUGUCUUCCUCGCUGGACGUGAAAACUGAGGGUGUCGUCCUGGAGAUGAAGGAGGAUGAGGCAGAAGAAAAGGAAAAAGAAGAGGCUGAGAUGGAAGAAGGAGAAGAGAUGGAGGAAGAGGAGGAUGAGUCUCUCAGUUCUCAGGCUGCUCCCUCAUGCUCCAUGCUGUCAGAUCAGACCACAAUGGAAGAGGAGCAGGUUAAUACUUCUUUCUGGCAGGAAGAAGAAGGAGGAGAAGUGGCUGCUAAAGAAGAAAUAAAAGGUGGAGGAGAAGAAGAAACAGAGGACGAUGAGGAAGAUCCAGUUGUGGAGAGAUUUAUUCGAUCUGAUGAUGAGGAGGAAGCAGACGAGCAGGCAGUGGAAGUCAAGACCGAGGAAGAAAGCAAUGUGCUUUCAAGCCAAACUAUCAGCCAGGCAGGUGACAGUGUAGAAGAAGAAGAUGAGGAGAGUGAUGGAGAGGAGGAGGCGAUAGAGCUGGAGAAGAAGCCAGAUGUGGAGGAGGUAGGGUGGGAGAAGAGGGAAGAAGAUGAGGAAGUGGAAGUGGAGGCGACUGAAAGGACAGGAGUGGAGGAGGCAGAGGAAGCAAUGGAGGGAGAGGACGAUGGUGCAGAAGAGAUGCCCGAGAUGCUUCCUGAUACCCAAGGUGAAGAAGUUCAGGCACCAGUGCACGAGGCAGAUGAAGGCGUGGUGCUUGAAGAUGACAGUGUCCACACUGUAAAACACACAAAUGAUGAUCAAAUCCCUACAGAGAUGGCUGAUCAAGUGCUCACCACAGAACAAGAACAUUUCAACCAGAACUCUGGAGAUAAGACUGAAGAGGGCGAAGAGAUAAUAGAGGAAGGUGUAGACCUCAACAUUGUGGAACAAAAAUCUGACCAAGAGGAAAAUGUGGAAGCAAGCCAAAGUGAUGCAGAUCAAAGUGAACAGGAGCUGGAGCAGGAGAGUGUAGAAGUAACCCCUCAUUCAGACACAAAACAGGUGGAAAAGGAUCCAAGUCAAGCCACAGAACAAGAUGAUAUUUCCUCCAAGCCUCCUCCUUUGUCUCUUCCACCUCACGAGCCCCAGUCACAAGAAAGCGAGGCCAGCACUCCCAGUAAGACCAGCACAACUACCAUACAUAUAAAUCUAGUCUCUCCCAGCUCAGAGAAAGCCACAUCUUUAUUCCAACUGCCUCCAGCUGCUGCAGAUCUCAGUCAAAGUGCUACUGAGGCACCUUCAUAUGAUAUAGAGUCCACAUCUGUAGAUAAAGAGGAAGCUGAUGCUGUGGGAGAAGAAAAACAGUCCAACCUAGGUCAAGAAGCUACACCUCCUGCAUCUAUCGAGGAAAAGGUUAACCAGCCGCCCUGCAGUACCGAUCAGAGUAAAGUCCGCUUCACCAUCGCCCCCGCCUGGCAGAGAUCGCAAAGUCUGAACCCUCCUCCUUCCCCACCUGCCUCAGUCUCUUCCUCUUCUGCUGUCGCCCCACCCUGUGGCGAGGAGCUGGAGGCUGCAACUGAAGAUUCGGUUAUGAAAGCAGAACCAGCAACUUCACCAAAGGUUGAGUUGGUGUUGAGCCCCAUUAGAGUGAGAAAUGCAGGGAGCUCAACUGCCAAACCACAAAGUGGUGUCACACCGGCCCCGGUUACACCCAAGAUCUCAACUAGUGCGAGCACAGAAGAGAGCUCAGUGAUUGCAGAAGGAAAUCCAGAAAAUCCUUUCGGAGUUCGGCUGAGGAAGACGUCAGCUCUGCUGCGCUUCAGCUCAGAGGAGGAAAACACAGAGCCUCCUGUUGAGUCACAAACUCAGCCAACCAGCUCCAAAGAUGACUCCCCUCAGCCAGUCAGCGUUAAGCCCUCCAUUUGUCCGCCAGUCAGCAACAAACCUGCCCUGCCUAAGAAACCUGAGGUGCAUGGAGACAGUGGAGGGAAACUGAAGCGUGUAUCAGACCCAGCUGCAGGCCGUGGUGUUUCUGCUGGCUCUGUUCCUCCCAGCUGGAUUUCUGUGGCCAAACAGAAACAGAAGAUCUAUAAAGAAAACUCUCUGGAGGAGAUUACUGUCAAGAAGGAGGAACAAGAGAGAAAGUCUUCACUUCCAGCAUAUGUCAGCUCAGCUGCAAGCAAGGAGCAAGGCACCAAAACAGCUGAAUCCAAAGUGAGUCAUUUGGAGAUGACUAAACCAUCGGUGUCUCCAGACAAGGAGGCCAGAAGGCCUUUCUCUCCUCCAACUCCAGUGCCACCUCAGCCUUUAAAAUCCCAUCCCCUCCCCUGCCCUAUUUCCCCCAAACCCUACGUCCCCCCACCCCAAGCAAAGUAUCCACCACAACCUCACCCACUCCAGAGAUCCCUGUCAACCUCCGACACUCCAAAAUCUCCUGUUACUCCACCAUCUCCCUCUAAAACUCCACUCCCAGUCACCUGCUCUCCAUUUUCGAGGACCACCUCAGAAAAGCCCAGUUUGAGAGCACCAGGGGUUUCUGGACAGACCGCAUCCUCCCAGCGAAACCUGCCUCCCCCAGCUUUGGCCCAGGAUGAACCCCCCUGGAUGGCGCUGGCCAAGAAGAAGGCCAAAGCCUGGAGCGAGAUGCCCCAGAUAGUCCAGUGACAGGCCAGACUUUAGGUAAGGUCUGGUUGUCUGAAUCCAUGCCCUGGUCGGUCUGAUCUGAAAGGGUCUGGAUGGAGCAGAACCCGUUUGCACACAGAUAUCAUCUUAUUCUGGCUUCAGACUUUACAUUGGUGUAAAAUGUCCAGCUCCA